AUGGCACCGACUUCACCGAAAAUCGUUCUUGUCACAGGAGCUUCGGGUGGUAUAGGACUUGCCACAGCAGUGCUGCUCGCCCAGCAUCCUGACAAGUAUAAAGUUAUUGCUACAGCUCGGAAGCCUUCCGCAAUCCAAGAGGUCGCUUCAGGGAGCAAGUUUGACGUGAAGAAACUGGACGUCACGGACGAUGCAUUGGUCAAGGACGUCGUCGAGUCUGUCAUUAAAGAACACGGAAAGUUGGACGUCCUGAUAAACAACGCAGGUUUCGGGACCCGUCUUACUGUUGAGCAGCAAGACCUCGCAUCGCAUCAAGCGUUGUUUGACACGAAUUACUUUGGCAUGGUGCGCAUGAUCCAGGCAGUGCUGCCCCACAUGCGCGCAGCGCAGAGCGGCCAGAUCAUCAACAUCACAUCGCUUGUCGGCUUCUCCGCUAUACCUUUCUGUGACGCCUACUCAGCCUCCAAGUUUGCGGUGGAGGGUCUGUCAGAGGCGAUGGCGCCAACCCUGUCAAAGUUUGGCAUCUCAGUGUCCAUAGUGGAGCCCGGCCCAGUGGCGACCAACUUCUCUGCCCGGGUGCAGCAGGACAUGGCAGCCACAGGCAAACCCAAGGAUGACGCCUACACGUGA